CGAGUGUCUAACCCAUCUUCCUUCAAUUAUGACCACAGAGAUACUCGAGAUCGGUCCCACUAAGCCCAUGGCGUCUAAAGAGAAUCCAAACAAACGUGGUCGGGGCCAGGCUUGUAAUAGUUGUCGCAAAAACAGAGUGAGGUGCGUUCCCUCUGAGGCCUCUGAGGCCAAGGCUGGGGCUUGUGGUACAUGCCUUGAUGCUGGGUUAAAGUGUUCCUCGUCCGCCUCUGGAUCUGGGAAAGCAAAACGUGCAAUCGAAGCAAUUGGGCAUACACUGAAUAGAGAAUCAAUUGAAUCCAAUCGAACAAUUUCAUCUACAACUGUGUCUCUCCAUCUUCAAGAUUCGUCCAUGGACCCUCUACCAAAGAAGACGCGAAAGUCCAAGACAACUCAACCCCCCCAAAAACAGGACAAGUCUCCCAAUGCCUGCGGCAUAUGUUUGCAGGAUCAUGUAUCUUCGGGAGAGACAAAGGGUGAUAAGUUGAUGCUCAGAUGCGACAUCAAAAGCUGUUCAAAAUGGUACCAUUCGUCAUGUGUUCAGUUCAAGAAUCGAGGAAAUCAGAUCUUUCACUCCUUCGAAACAGGGGGCAAGAAGUCUACGUUCUUCUGUUCGGAAUGCUACAAUCCCAAGCGCAAAGAUCUUCUUAAUGCUGUUGCACAGGCAGAGUCAGACUUCAAAGAGACGAUGGAAAGAAUCAAGCAGACGAUCAUAACCGAUGGAGCCUGGCCGCCAAAAACAUUGGUUUUGAGCACGGAGCGAGAGCAAGACAACUCUCCUACCUUUCAACGCGACGCGUCAUCGCUGGAGAUUCUCCCAGGCCCUAAAAGCAAUUUUGAUCCAGCUAGGGAAGAUAAGUAUCAGAGCUUUCAAAUGGACUGUAUCGAGUCUCUCCUUCGCAACAUCGAACAAGCUGUCUACGACUACAACCGUGAAAUAGGAUGUGCCAAUGACCUUUUUCUUGAUCAACACGAAGUUUUCAAAUUGACGCCAUUAAAGUUCUGGCACCAAAUCGACCCAGGCUGUCUAUUCACGUCAGGAAAGGCAUGGUUCCAAGUCGAUGGUACGGCUAACAAUCUUUCGGUGGGCCAUGCGCCUAUCACCGCAGCCUUGCGCAGAAUGCUAGGCACGCCAGAUGAUCAAUCACUCCAUAUCAGUCUUGAUUUAGAAGAAUUGAGCUUCUCCCACGUCCAUACGGCUCUGAUCAAUUGGUUUGUCGUUGAUAUUCUCGGCAGCGAGCUCAAUAUUUACCAAUUUCCAAAUAUGAAACCUUUGAGAGCAACACAAGCAGCAAUAGCAAACUUCGGAGACGCAAGGUGGAAAGGCAAUGGACAAAGUGUUCUUCGAGAGAUCAAACUCCGAGCAUGGCACAAAAACCAAUUCCGCGAAGAAGUUAUCGAGAAAGUCGGCUGGCAAGGCGAACUAAUUCGUCGUUUCGAAGGCUUUCUAGCGCCCAUGACCAAGAACUCCUGGAGAAUUGACCCGCGUUCCGAAUCUCGAGCCAAUAUUAUCAAGCAUACUAUCGAGCUGUGGAGUUACCUGGACGCGGCGCACGGGACGUUGGAAAUCAUCCACCCUAGCAUAGGAGCAGCGUUCGAUGGGAGGACAUGUGAGAGCACUGACGAAGAGCAUCAGUCUCGUAGUGUGGGAGAGAAAAUGAUAAAGUGGGUGUUGAGGCGAGGAUUUCGGUUUGAAGAAUUGGGUUCGGGUGGGAGGCCAAUGGCCGCCAAGGCUAUCGUUAUCUCACAGUGAGUAUAUUUCGAGCCCCGAGUAGUUCACUCUGUGCAGAUAUUUAUCUCAAUAAUUUAAGUUAUCGAGUUUGUUUCGCAGCUCUCGGAAUAGAUAGUGAGUGACAGAACCAAGUACCCGCGGGCAUCUUGAGUCACUUUGGGACGUUACAAAGUUCGUACAACACUGCUCACGUCCUGUGGGAAUAAAAGGUGUUACCCUGAGAAGAUGAUUCGCUUGGCUUGGAAGUGACUUGAACACUUUCAAGGCAAAAAUUCCCG